AUGGAUUCAGGUUACAAUGGAAGUUUCACGGAUCUUUUGAAUGACGACUCGCUGGUGUAUGAAGAAAGUUGUGCCGUCGACUCAAAUAUAGAUAUCGAAGACACAAACAAGGUUCAAGUUCAACCUAGAUCAAAGAGGUCAUCAAAUUUCUCCCGCGAAGAAGAUAUUUGUAUUGUUUCGUCGUGGCUAAAUAUAAGUAAAGAUGCUAUUCAUGGAAGUGACCAAAAAUCUUCUAGAUUUUGGGCGAGAAUUUAUGAUCGAUUUAUAACAAACAGCGGUCAAAGAGGGCGAUCCGAGCAAAGUUUGGAAGAGGCGAGGAAACUAUAUGCUGCCAACACUAACGGAAGAGGAUUCAAAUUUGAACAUUGUCUUAAUCUCUUAAAAUACGAGAGGAAAUGGCUUGAUACUUUUGAAAAAAAUAAGCAAACAAGGACUACUUUUGCCACUGUUGAUGGUGUUCCAACUUCUUCAGAAGCUCAAGGUGAAUCAUCGGCCAAUAAGGAUCGACCUUUGGGUACGAAAUCGUCAAAAGAACGAGCAAAAAAAAACCCAAAAAAAUCAGAAGGAGAAAGCUCGACUGCAAUGACACUUACGGAUGAACGUUGGGAAGCUAAAUUGGCAUUAGAGCGUGAAAGGAUAGCUCAACGCGAGAGGCUUAUUGCAAUACAAGAAAAAGCAAUUCAUGUAGAUGAAGAGCGUAAAGAAAUAGAAAUCAUGAAAAAAGACACCAUCGGAAUGGAUGCAACUCAAGCAGCUUAUUGGAAUAUGAUGAAAAUGGAAGUAUUGAAAAAACAUGGUUUUAUAUGA